UCAGUUGUCAUUUGUCCUGCCACUUUUUUGAAAAGUGAAAUAAUUUUAUAUUUUUAUAAUUUGAUUUGAUAAUACUUGAAAGAGAUAAUAUUUAUUGAAAACUGUUGAAAAAUAUUUCUACAUACCUAAUGUUAAAUAGUGAUAAAUGUACAACCCCAUUAGCAGCAGUGUUUCGAUUGAAAAAAAGAAGCUGCUGAAGUUUCAAACUCGCACAAAAAGUGUGGAAUUGAAUGAUACAAGUGUGAAAAACCAAGAAACCUCAGAUGAAAAUUUUCUUAAAAUAGGUCCUGCAAUUCCUUCAGACGAAAGGAAGAAACUAUAUAAACGUUCCAACACCUCUUUGAGUUUUGGGGCUGUAACAAAAACUCCGGAAUCGCCAUAUCUUUAUGAUUCAGUCAACUUCAAAACUGAUCAGAAUGGUUCUGUUCUUGUCAUACGUAGUCAAAAGCAAAAGGAAAAGGAUCCUGAUCGAAUAACUCUUGAUAGACGAGGUCUUGUGAGCAUACCUGUAAUAGAAGGAGAGGAAAGAUUGAGAUUAUUGUCACUACAACACAACCUAAUUAGCAAUUUGGAUCGUUUCAAAUGUCAAAGAUUUCCAUACUUAGUUUUCUUAGAUUUAUAUGAUAACCAGUUGGAAAAGGUUUGUGGCUUGGAAAAUGUUGAAAACCUUAGGGUAAUUCUUAUGGGUAAAAAUAGGUUGAAAAAAAUUGAUGGAUUUCAAUGUCUCAGACAAAUAGAAGUCCUAGAUCUACAUGGAAAUAAAAUAAAUCAAAUAAGUGGCCUUUCCAAUCUAAAUAAAUUGAAAGUUCUUAAUUUAGCUGGUAAUCAAAUACGAAUUAUAGGUGUACUGGAUUUGAAUGGCUUAACAGCUCUGCAGGAAUUGAAUUUAAGGAGGAAUAGAUUGAAAAAAUUGUUGGGUUUUGCUGACACUCCAAAUUUGAUAAAAUUAUUCCUGAGUAAUAAUGAACUGAAAAGUAUUGAGGACAUAAGCAGUCUUGCCAAAUCUCUUAAAAUUAAAGAAAUAUGCAUGGAAAAUAAUCCAAUAAUGCAAGGAGGAGAUUGCAUCUCAUUUCUUGUGUCAUAUUUACCUCAGUUAGCAAAAUUAAAUUCUAUGCAAAUAAAUGAUCAAGUGAGAAAAGCAGCAAUGGCUUGGAGGAGAAAUAAAGAAACUUCCAAUGCAGCUUUUAUGGACUUAACAAGUGAUGUAUGCCUCAAUGUGAAGAGGGAAGAAGUUAUUUCUAAUGCUAGAACUAACUGGGAAUUAUUGAGAUCGCAAACAAGAUGUUUGAAUACUAAAGUGAAUGGCAUCCCUAAGGUGCUGAAUAAUGUACAGCCUGAUACAGAUUUUUUCCUAACACCCCUUACAAAAUCAGAAAUCAAACAUCACAGCAGGUUGAGGGCAAAAAAGCUCAAAGUUUCAGUAUUGCCUGAUAAAAAAUUACAGUUUGUUAGGAGCUCUUCCCAAGAUACAGAAAAUUCUCAGAAUACCUCAUCUUCAAAUACUUCUAUCAGUGAAUAUUUCAAGUUACCCCCCAUUUUGGUUCCUAUAAUUUCUAAAAUGGAAGAAGAAAAUGAUGGACUGAAGAGAUCUGGUAGUUUAUCAAGUUUAUUUGAAAAUUUAGACAAGUCAUCCUGCUCUUAUGAGAGUGACUACCAAUCGUGUGACAGUUCUGCUUCUGACGAGGAAAUGGAUGAUGAUGGCGAAUUCGCAACAAUUAAAGAAAUUGGAAAUAAAACUAGCGAAUUUGAUGAUGAUGCUUUAGCAAAAGCUAUUGAAAGAUGCUCCCCAGUAUUGGAUAAAGGGACAAAAAGUAAAUCUACUUCUGAUUCCUCAAGCAACCUGUCCUCAUCUCUCUCCAGUAUAACCUUGCCCAGUAAUGUUGAGGGCGAAAGCAUUCCCUUAAAAAAAACUCAAAGAAAUAUAAAGAGUGCUCAUCCCAUGAAAGCUUCCCAAGUUUUGAAACUGAGAACAAGAGCUUCAACAGCUAAGCCGAAAAAACGAUUGUCUCCACCAGUAGCAAAUAAGGAUAGGGAACAAGAAACAAACAUCCACUGCUUGGGUCAACUGAAUGCAUUAGCCGAGGCUCAGGGACUAUCUUCACUUUUUAUUGAGGAAGAGGGAAAUCCUAUUUAUACUAAGAAAUGGAGAAAUUAUGCAAUUUUUAGAUUAUCGCAUUGGGGACUCAAGUAUAUCAAUGAUGUUGAGGUUACUAAAGAAGAAAUUGAGGAAGCCAAUGAAGAUUAUCAAAGUUUGAGUGAUAUGGUUCUGUGGUCACUACCAGAUAUACAUUUGCAGCCUUUGCUAAGUAGAUUACGAAUAGACAUGAAACAGCCGGAACAGAGCGCAAAAAAAUGGUUGUUAUCAGCAGAUCCAGAAUUGAAGAGUGUAGUCAGCAAAGAAGCACUACAGUGGAAAAAAAGAACCACUUCACAGGAAGAUUUGGUGAUGAGACAAAAAGCCAGAAGUCACAUAACAUCUUUGUUAGAAGAAAUGAGUCACACUGUACACAAAUUACGUUUAUUAGACCAACAAGGGCCUUCACUAUUGCAAGAAAUUGUUUGUAAUACUUUAUUAGAUUAUUCACACAUGGAUUUAUAUAUGAAGCAAAAACUUCAAGAAGUGACGAAUGAUUGAACACUGCCAUAUCAAGUAUUGUUUUUUCAAUCUUUAUAUUAUCUAGUUGUAAGCACAAAAGAGUUGAUACUGUUUGGAGAAGUAUUGAUUGUUCAUGUUGUACUCGUUAUGUUUUUUUAUUAAAUAUUUUUUGAAAUGA